AAUUAGUAAAAUCAAAAAGAAAAUGGAAAAAAGGAGUAAAGGAAUCGAUCCACGACGACGAAGAUCAAAGUGAGGUUAGGUUUCCUCUCUCUCUCUCCCUCGACGACGAUUGAUCUCGGAUUUGCGACCGAGGAACAAGCUCUGUUUUACAAAAAAAUCUCAGCCAUGUCAAGUGGAGGAACAGUGAGAAGGGUCUCACGUCAAGAUAUACAACUGGUUCAAAACCUUAUAGAAAGAUGCCUUCAACUCUACAUGAACCAGAAAGAAGUCGUGGAAACUUUAUUGGAGCAGGCUAAAAUCGAGCCUGGCUUCACAGAACUAGUUUGGCAGAAGCUUGAAGAAGAGAAUCGUGAGUUUUUCAAGGCUUACUAUCUUAGGCUCAUGGUGAAACACCAGAUAAUGGAAUUCAACAAGCUACUUGAGCAGCAGGUUCACCACAUGCAGCAGAUGCAUCCAAGUGGAGUUGCUCCCGUCCAAAACACAAACGGUUCUCAUAUUCAAUCAAUGAAUCAGAAACAUUUGGGUUAUGCCUCUGAGCACACUGAUCAAUCUCUGAAGUCUAUACCCUCGAGUCUCUCUAAUGCAUACCUCAAUGGCUCUUCAACACUCAAUACAACAAACGUAGCCUCUUCUGUGAACAUAUCAACCCAUGCAAGGAGAGUUGAUGCUUCUUCUCCAAACAUGCUCUCAUCACAGACCACUACAAACAUGCCUAUGAUGCAAGGAAUGAAUGGAGGAGGAGGGAUGAUCAAGUCUGAAACCGCCUUUACAAGCCCUGCUUCUUUCAUGUAUGGUGGUGAAAGGAACGCCUUGGAAGGGCAUUCCACUGUUAGAGACACUACUUCGAUCUCAACCUUUGGUAACGAGUCCAACAACAACCAACAACCUCUCAGUGAGACGCUUCUUGAUUCAGAAGCUGCUACUUUUGGGUUCUUAGGUCAGAUCCCUAGGAACUUCAGCCUCUCUGAUUUGACUGCUGAUUUUUCUCAGAGCUCAGAGAUUCUAGAGAGCUAUGAUAAGUCACCUUUCCUUGUUCCGGAUGGUGAAAACUUCCUGGACUCAUGCGACAGGGGAGAGUAUCAAGGAGACAACAAGAGAUUGGAGACCAUAUCUGAAGGUUUCAGUUAUGAUAACAUUGGGAGCGAGUAGUUUUGCUUCACUACUUCAUGAUGUAAGACACGUUUGGGUGUAACAUAUUCAGGCCUUUGAUCUUUUCUUUGCAAAGACUAUUGGGUGGGGUGUAUAAAAGGGGAUUUCUGUUUUAACAUUAUUACUUUAGCUUAGAGUUGAUAAGUGUGAGAUGGUCAUAUGUAAUUUUCAGUGUGUGUGUUUUUUUUUUCUCUUUUCUCUUCUGUUUUAGUUUUUGUACUUGUUAUAAUUUGUGUGUGAAGUGUGACUUAACUGAUUAUGUUAAGAAUGAAAGUUGUGGUAGUGGAUAAUGCAUCAAACUCGAUUA